AUGGCAAUCCUUCAAAGCAAAAGCGGCGGGCCGGGAAUGUCAAAAUAUCCGGGCAACAAUGUCCCAGCGACUCCCAGCAUGGCCGAUACUGAGCUUCUACCACUACAGGCUAGCAUAGUACAGCCCGUGCCACUAUCCUUAGCUCAAAGAAAUGCCAGCAUCGAUGAUCGGACUGGUGUUGUCAUCUCUUUGUCCCAGGGGCCUGACUCUCCUCCCACUACGCCGACUGUCGGGGCUGGCGAUGGGGUCCAACCUGAACGUGGGAUCCAGGUAUCCAAGACCAGAGGAGUCUUGGUUAUUGUAACGCUUGCUGGUAUCAGCUUUCUGAAUACAAUGGGCUCUGGCAUACUCAUCGCUGCCCUACCUCGCAUCGCCCGAGAGGUGAUGCUCCCACCAGCUCUCGUACUAUGGCCAGCCGCAGUAUUCGCCUUGUCUGCGGGCUGCUUACUCCUGAUCUUUGGUGCCGCUGCAGACGCCAUCGGGGCCAAGCCCGUCUGGAUUGUCGGCAGCUAUCUCUUUGUCAUCUUCACUAUCGCGCUUGGCUUUGCCAAGACUGGUUUGCAAGUCAUUAUGUUUCGCAUGCUGCUAGGCGUGGCAAUAUCUAUGUGUCUACCGACAACUGUGAGCCUCAUCACCAACACGUUUCCGAAAGGACCUUGGCGCAAUGUGGCCUUUGCUAUGAAUGGUAUGGGACAGCCUCUGGGCUAUGCGAUUGGUCUAGUGCUCGGUGGCAUUUUUACUGAUACAAUUGGCUGGAGAUGGGCAUACUACAUGAUGGCAAUCAUUAAUUUUGUUCUUGCAACAGUGUCCAUCUGGUCUUUGCCUUCGGUGACACCGAUCUCGAACAAGAAGUGGACUCGCCGCCUCACUGAAGAUAUAGACUGGCUUGGGGCUGUAAUCAUGAGUGUUGCUCUUGGUCUGUUGCUCUACGUUCUGGCCACACUAACUACAUCCUAUAAGACAAUCAGACAGCCUCAAAGUAUCGCUCUGCUAGUUGUCUCGCUGAUUCUGCUAGCCGCCUUUCCUGUGUGGAUGGACUACCAGACUAAACAUGGCCGGCCAGCGCUUAUUCCAAAUAGCCUUUGGCGGAAGGCAUCCUUCACAUCAAUUUGUGUUUCAGUGUUCUUCUGCUGGGCUUCUCUCAAUGGGAUCGAAUACUUUACUACGCUUUACUUUCAGGAGGUCCAGGGUUUAUCGGCACUACAAAGCUCUAUUCGAUUUGUUCCUCACAUCGUAAUGGGUAUUUGUGUCAAUGCUUUAACAGCAUAUCUUAUAUCGCGUGUCAAGGUUCAUACCCUUGCAGUCGUAUCUGCACUGAUUACCAUGGUGGCACCGCCAUUGAUGGCUACUGUUGCUGUAGGCGAAAAUUACUGGCUUGCGCCAUUCUGGGCGAUGUUUCUCUCGCCAGUAAACCCUGAUAUACUUUUCACUCUAUCAAACCUGGUGAUUUCAGAUGCCUUUCCCUCCGACACACAAUCCUUAGCGGGUGGUGUUUUUAGCGAAGUUGCUCAAUUCGGUAAUUCGGUCGGUCUCGCAGUGACUGCGGCUAUUGCUGCUUCUGUUACAGAACAUUCGCCAGUCAGGGACCCUAAAGCUGCUUUAAUGGAAGGCUAUCGGGCCGCCUUCUGGACCAUCUUUGCUAGUACGGUGACCGUACUCGUGACAUCUUUUUUUGGGCUAAGAAAGGGCGGCUAUGUUGGGAAGAAAAACGAUUAG